AUGGGAAAUGUUGAAGGCCACAACCUUGCUCCUGUCCGGGCUGAUGAAAGAAAGGCCUUAAAUCUGAGCCACAAGGUUAAUUUGAAGCAAUAUUUGAAGCAUCUGAAUGGGGAAGUCAGCGAGAAGUGCCUUACAGAGUUGCCCUGGGACCUCAUAGACUCCAUAUCACUGUAUGAGAGUAUGAAUGCAUCGUUCAAUGCUUUGACAGAAAUCCCAGCAGAGCUUCCUCUUCGUCUGCCUCACCUGAGUCACCUGGACCUCAGCUACAACCGACUGCACUCUCUUCCACUGAGUUUUGGACUCUUGUUUCACCUGAGGGAGGUGUGUCUUCAGCAUAACAGCCUGUCAACACUUCCAGACAGUUUUCUCCAUCUGGUCAAACUGGAGAAGGUUGAUCUUUCACAUAAUCACCUCCAGCAGCUGCCAGAGGCCAUCGGCAACAUGGAAUGUCUGGAGAGACUUAGUGUGGUGGCCAACCAUCUGAGAAGUCUUCCAUUGUCCCUGGGAGCUCCAGAAUCCCAUGUGGUUCUGCUGCUGGCACAGCAGAAUCGCCUAGAAAGUCCACCACAGGCUGUGUGUGAUGAGGGAUCGUCUUCCACUCUUGAAUACAUCCGCAAACAGUACUUGGCCAGCAGCGGAGCAUUCCCUGUCUGUCCGCAAGUUCCACUCAACAGUUUCCCUCGUUGCUGCGGCAACAAGUCAGAAGCUUCUGUCAACAACCCACACUCGGCACAAAUUCAGUACAUCCAGGAACAGACAAACACAGCCCACACCACCAACCGGGUGAAGGCCCCGCUGCUGCCGCCGCUGGACUCCACUACCCUGACACCUUUCCAGUUGAGAGAUAGAAUUAUAGGUUUGGUCUAUGGAGCAGCUAUAGGUGAUGCCAUUGGUGUGUCCUGUCGAUGGAUGUCCGCUGAUGAGUGCGCCUUUCAUUAUGGCUGUGGCGAUGAUCUUGUCUACAGCAACAUAGUUCGAGAUGAACAUAGAGUUCUGUGGAGGCAGGGAGGCUGGACUUCCAAUUUCGACCAGCUGAUGGUGGUGUUGGAGUCCUUGGUCAACUGGGCUGGUGUAGUUGAUGAGCUGGAGUUUGCUCGCAGGCUGAAAGUCUGGGCUCAACAGGGCUUUCCAGAACUCAGUGACAUGCCAGGAGUUGUCACCAGUGAGACUGUCCGAAAGGUUGUUGCCCACCCAGCAUUUUGUACAGAUCCACACAGAGCAUCAAAGGAAGUUCUUCAUGACAACAAAGUUGUAAAGAAUGGGGUGUUAUCUUCCCGUACUGUUGCUGGCGUUCCACAACCACCAUCACAUCCCUCGCCCACAGACAGCUCAUGUCCAUUAUCAAGCCCAUCAGUCACGGCUCAACACUGUAUCUAUAUUGCUCCCAGACAAGAGUUUGGAGAAGACAAUGGAGCAGCUGUCAGAACAGCAAUUUUAGGGGUGCCCAACUUUCACCAGUUUGGGGAGGUGGAGAGUAACGCUAUCAGGAUCUGUCAGACGACACACUCAGACAGCAGGUGUACUGCCAGUUGUGUCUUUAUAUCCUUGCUGAUAUCACUGCUGUUGCAGGGCAGCCUGAUUGGCUUUGAGGCUGGGGACAGAGAUGUCACUGAGGACCAUCUGGAAACAGCUUUCCAAAGAGCAGCUGUGCAUUUGAAGGAUGAAGCUGAGAGAAAGGAAUUUCUGGCUUUGAAAAAGUUCUGCUCACUUCAGAGUAUCAAUGCUAGAGAAGCCUUUGGCAUGAGUCACACAUACAUGCCAGUGAAAGCAGCUGUGGCAGCCCUGUACUGGAAGGAUGACUUCAGGUCUUUCAUCACUGCUCUGGCAAAGCUGGGAGGGGACAGCAGCAGCAACGCAUGUGUGGCUGGAGCUGUGCUGGGGUGCUGCUGGGGAUACAGCCGCCUGCCUCGGGUGUGGGUGGAUGAGCUUCCCAGACAUCAUGUCCAUUGGUUAAACAGCCGGAUUAACCACUUGCUGGACAUUAUGGGCUCUCCUUAA